AUGAGCGAAGAGGGUCGCCGGGUCUCCACGACCCCGAUUCCGGUGCCGGUUCCUUUCUAUGCCCAGCAAGCCAUGGCCCAACCCACUCCGAGCCCGCUGUCCGCGCCACGAGUCCCUGUGAUGGAGAAUCCGACCGCGACGACCGCGACGACCGAGAACAACACCACGACCAGCGCUGUCGCAAAGGACGUGGCCAUGACGGAUGCUGAGCCCACCUCUGCCGCUUCUCCUGCUCUUCAGCAGGGCGCAUCUCCAGCUCCCAACCGAACAGGCACGCCCGCUCGCGCAACCAACGGCGUACAAGAGCACCAGCAGCAGACCAGCACGUCGCGGGCCGCCAGCGCGCAUCCGGACCCGGGCUUCACCAUGCAGUCCGAGGCACCGCUGCACGGCGCACCCGCGCGGCAGUACCUGAAUACCAAGGUCACCGGUGUGCUUCUGGAUGGUAUGAAGCUGGUCGCCAAGGAACAGCCCAAGGACCCUCUCCGUGUUUUGGGUGAAUUCCUACUUCAACGCUCAAAGGAGCUCGAGAACCAGUCAUAG